AUGGUUAAGGAUACAGAAAAUAGCAGUCCAAGAAAGCAAGAAACCCAACGCUCCAUCUACGAUUUCACCCAAAAGCAGGUGAAUAAAGAGAAUGAAGAUUUCGUAAAGGUGACGCGAUGCGAUCAAAUCAAAGAGGAGACUGAAGUUAACGGCGGUUUUUCCAACGAUGGCCCAAGAGCGGCAAAGGUGGAACCUAUAAUCAAAUCAGAGCCAUUGAAUGAGACGAAUGGAACCAGUGCUGACAGCGAGGCGACAAUUAAGGUUGAUCUCGAGACCUCGUUGCUAUUUCAAACCCCAAACUUCGACCAAGAUUUACCAGAGGAUCCACGCGAGCCUAUAUCUCAUGAAUCUAGCGUCUUUUGUCCCGUUUGCGAACUUGAUAUAUCGUCAUUGGACAUACGCGAAAAGACUGAUCACGUAGAUACCUGUCUUGUACGCGUGACGUUUGUGGAUGAGAAACCAAAAAUAAAAGCCACUACACUGAUUCUUAACAAGCGAUCACCAUUACCAAAGGAAAAGAAUGUAGGGGCCACGAAUGGAAAGAAACGGAAAACCGAAAAGGAGAAAAGACGAUAUAUAAACAUUGAAACUAAUACAGAAAAGAAGAUAAAGAUCAUCAAACCACCGGCAACAACUGCAAGUUCUUCUAUAUCGCGCAGAAAUGAAAUCUCGGCGUUAAAAACGAUGACUUUUCCUGUUGAUAAGAAGCUGGGGUCAAAUUACCAAGUAUCCGUUGACGCGUUUUGCUUUGCACCACACCCUGUUAUUGACAAAUACUUUUUGACUCAUUUUCACGCUGACCAUUACGGAGGAAUAUCCAAGAAAUGGACGUAUGAUCGGGUUUUUAAAGAUGAUACCGAUUAUGAUAACGAUGAAAAGUAUAAACGAGUUAUUUAUUGUACUGAGAUUACUGGUAAGUUGCUAACGUUGUACUUUUCAAUUGAUCCACGUUUCAUUCAACAAAUGGCUAUGGAUACACGGUACAAAGUCAGAGAUUAUGGUCCAGUUGACGUUGCUGAUGGUGGUUUUAUCAGUGAUGAGGAUUCACCAGGGUUGUAUGUUACACCGAUUACUGCAAACCAUUGUCCUGGUGCUGGAAUUUUCCUUUUUGAGUCCAUCGGUUUGGAUGGGAAUGUACACCGCAUUCUUCAUUGUGGAGACUUUAGAGUCAACAUGACAAUAUUGGACCAUCCUUUGCUCAAGAGAUUCAGUGUCUCAUCUCAAAGGUUUGAAGAUUCUUUGAGAAUCGACAAAGUGUAUUUAGACACAACAUACAUGAACCCCACCUACAAUUUCCCCAAGCAAGAAUUGGUCUGUGACACCAUUGCGCAAUUGUUUGAACAUUUAACCGCCCAGGAUGACAACAUCACGAGCAAUGACUUGUUCAACACUUGGUUUGGGAUGUUGACACAGUCAAGAAUCACUGAUUUCUGGAAACCUACUUCAGCAAUGAAAAAGAAAAAGUUUUUAAUAUUGGUGGGGACUUAUGUGAUUGGCAAGGAACGGUUAGCGAUUGCUAUACUGAAAAAGCUUCAUUGUCCCAUAUAUGCGCUGAACAUCAACAAUAGGAAGAACAAAUAUGAUCUACUACGAACUUAUGAGGAUGAAUACUUAGAUCUGGUCUUAACUGAUGAUGAAUUGGGGAGAGGCUAUGGUUCCGAAUGCAUUGUUCAUCUUGUUCCGAUGAAUAUAGUUGGCUCAGUGCAAGAGUUAUCCAACUAUUUCAAUCACAAUCGUUACUAUGAAGCUUUUGAACGUUGUGUUGGAUUGAGACCAACAGGUUGGAGUUUUGCGCAAAAUGGAAAGAAGGAACCCGAAUCCCUGGACUCGAUCCAACCAACACCUUUACAGGCAGUGGCAGAUUUGAUGGCAAAUACCACUACGUAUACGUAUAUUGACAACAUCCUAUCGCAAGCUCCCAAAAACAGAGGCAAACAUAAACCCGAUCAAGAGUUGUACCGAAUAUAUUCGCUACCGUAUAGUGAACAUUCUUCAUUUCGAGAAUUGGCUUAUUUCGUGGUAUUUUUCAACAUUGGUCAAGUAAUUCCUACUGUCAAUUGCCACAAUGAAUUCAAUCUUCAGCGUAUGGAGUCCAUUAUUGGAACCUGGGAGCAGUUGAGACGCAUCAAGACUGGUCAUAUGAACGAAGUGGAUGCAACUGUUACACCUGAAUUGAUUGAGCAAGUACAAAAUUUGUCCUUAAAUACGUUUUAG